CCUUCCUUUUCUUUCAUACGCUUUCUCUCCAAAAUGUUUAAUAGUACUGCAUUAAAUUAUGCCUUCAGUAUGCUUAUGACAUACCUGCUCUCGCAGUUUGGACAAAAGUAUCUCUGGUACAACAAGAGGGACGAUGGCACUCUGAAAGAACCUUGGGCUCCUAGUCCUAAAAAACUGCCAUUUUAUGUUAAUGCUUUCAAUAUCUUUGAUAAAGAGUCCUAUCAUGCACUUACAAGAUGGUCCAAAGAAGUUGGUGAAAUUUUUUCGGUCAAGAUCGGUCAAAAGCACAUCAUCGUCUUGAACAAUGUCGAACUCGUCCGUGAUUGCCUCAUUGUCAACAAACAGCUCUUCUCAUCCAAAUUGCCUUCCGACACUCAAGAAAGUAUCUUAACCGACAAGUGCAAGACUGUAUUUUCUUCUACUUUUUCUGUUUAUUGGAGUCGCUUAAGACGUGCCAUGUAUAUUGUUAUUUGUGGUACCUAUUUAUCUCAAUUCACUCAACAUUUCAAGGCUCAGGCCAAGAAACUUUCAUUCGGUAUCGGUGAGUCGUUAAGAGAAAACAAUACACUCAGUGGCAAGGAAUUGCAUCAAUUGGUCGAAAUGGUAGCCAUGGAUACUGCUUUGACUUUGGUCGUGGGUGAUUCGGUCAGUGUACCACGUGAACCUGAAGCUAUGUUGGACCUUAUUCAGAAAGUCCGUGUGCUCGAAAAAAGACAAUCUGGCAAGCAUAACCGUCGUGGUCAAUUCUUCCCUUCAUAUAAUUCGCUUCUAGAUGUCGUACACUUGUUCAAAUGGGAUACCGCCUUGACAGGAACACGUAACCAAAUCUUGGAGAUAUUCUUACCUUGGUUCGACCCUACCUACCAAAAGAGAAGAGAAGCUUUGGCCAUUGUAAGUGAGGAAGAGAAGCAAAAGGUGCUUUUAGGUGAUAAAUUGGACUGUAUUGCCAAGAGUUUAUUGAACAUCGAACCUUCCCAAAAUGAUCCUGAGCCUGUUCAAUUAACAAAAUCUGAAGUCUUGGUGAAUUUGAUCCAUACAUCACUUCACGCUUAUACCUAUUUGUCUGCCACUAUUUAUACUUUGAUUCAACGUUUAGCUACCGAGCCUGAACUUCAAGAAAGAUUAUUCCAAGAACUUGCCACUGAAGAAAGAGAUCUUGCUAAGGCUUUUGUUCGUGAAAGUCUUCGUGUAGAUGCUCCUAACCGUUUACUCUCUUACAAUUCUCGUACUGAUUAUGACUUUCCUGUGGGAGAUACCAAGUAUCGUAUCGAUGAAGGUUCACCUAUUGUUGUGAAUGUAGAUGCGAUCCAUAACAACCCUGUGUAUUACCCUAAUCCCGAAAAGUUUGACCCUGAUCGUUACCUUAAAUCUGAUAAGAAGAAGACUUCUCUUUUGGAAUUUGGAAAGGUUGCUGGAAGAAAGGUUGUGGUAGAUAAUUUAGCAUUCGGUGCUGGUAGUCGUAUGUGUCUUGGUCUCAGAGCCAGUGAAGGAUUAUUGUUAUCAGUCUUGUCUCAAAUUGUGAAGCAAUAUAAAUUAAAGGGCGGUGAUGUUGAAGAUAAGGUUGAGUUCACUACCAGCAUUUGGUCUUGGACAGGAAGAACUGAAACCAGAGGUUCAUUCAUCGAAUUUAUCAAGCGAUAAAUGAUAUACAUUUAUAAAAUACCCCCUCCCCUCUCCCUCCUUCCCCAAGAAAAAAAAAUUAAUUUCAUCUUCAUAUUUUUACAAACUAUUUUUAUUUUAAUAAACUUUUUUUU